AGUAUGUACGUUGCUGGCCUGCAUGCUAACGACAGAUCUAACUUUUCAUUCGAAUACCGAUCCUAAGUACUCAUAGGGUAGAGUAAGCACAUGAAUCAGCAAUAGUGACAACUAAAACUUGUUCCUAAUCUGUCCUUUGUGUCCCUUAGACGAAUGUUAGCGCUCAUCCUUGUUUCACAACCGCAAAUGCUAAAUUGCAUCUCAAUAGCUAGACGAGGAUUGGAAGCAGAUCGUUGACAAUGGCAUGGGAGUCUCUAUCCUGUCGUCGCUCAAGUCCAAAGGCCUGCUUAAUGCAGAUAUUCCUGAAUCUGCAAAGCUAUGUGAAGUUUGUCAAACAUUCACAAACAAUGUUUGGAGACCAAGCUUCAACAUUUCCUACACCAUGGAGCAUCUUAAAGACAAUUCUCGUUCCGACACAUGUGAUUUAUGCAACGUGUUAUGGAAACUUACCCAGAAAGCUGGAAACACAAGUACUCUUUACCAUCUUUCCCGGGAGCGAUCGACUAUCCUUUUGAAUGGUUACACACCAGUCGCGACUUUGUUUCGAAGUGCUGAUCUGAAAACUGGAAUCGACAGUCAGAUACAAGUCGGCCUACCUACUAUGCCCUCAGCUGGCAGCACCGCAUACCUGGACAUUAUCCGGCAAUGGCUUUUGACAUGUGAUGAUUCGCAUAGAAUGUGCCUCCGAGACUCGAACAGAUUCAGCAGCACAGGCACAAGCAAGAGGCUGCCGACUAGAGUCAUUGCUGUUGGCAAGAAUGGCGACGAAAAAGUCCAUCUCAUUGAAACUAACUACCGGAACGAGGGAGAUUGGGUAGCACUGUCUCACCAGUGGGGCACAGGCACUCAAUUCCGUACUCUUAGAUCAAAUAUCGACGCCCAUCGCGCCGGUAUCAGCAUGGACGAGCUCCCGGCGACCUUUAGGGACUCUGUCAUCGUGACACGAGCCCUCGGUUGUCCCUACCUAUGGAUAGAUUCUAUAUGCAUUGUCCAGGGUCCUGAUGGGGACUUUAGCCAGGAAGCAAAACGAAUGGAACAGGUUUACAGUGGCUCAUAUUGCGUGCUUGCUGCAAGCCGCUCUCCUGGUCACUCGACAGGCUUUCUAGGGCCGCGGAAGGAAGCCUUGAGUAUUACACUACGCCGAGAAGGCUCGCAGGCAUUCUAUCUUCGCGAGGACAUCGAUGACUUCCAGUCCCAUGUCUUGGAAGGGUCUCUAAACGGACGAGGUUGGGUCUUGCAAGAGCAUGCGCUUGCACGCCGAACGAUUUACUUUACCGAAUAUCAGACCUACUUUGAAUGUGGCGAUGGUGUCCAUUGCGAGUCUAUGUGCAAGAUGUACAGCCAACGAGCGACCUUCUUGGGCGACCCGAACUUCCCCCGAUUGAUGAUGGAAGCCGACAAAGGUGCCAAGAUCCUUGGGUACCAAGAUCUCUACAAGCUAUACUCUGGGCUUGCUCUAACGCGCCCAUCUGACCGACCAUGGGCCAUCAACGGUCUUCAAGAACGAAUUGUCUCGGCGCUGAAAAUACAAGGACAAUUUGGUGUUUUCUUCGAAGAUCAGCCGGGAGGUCGUCGUCGUGGUCUCUUUCGCCGGAGUCUACUCUGGUGUCGUUCCAAAACAGUCACAUCCCUCGAUCGCAUCUCAUUCGCAUCCGGUCCCAGUGAUCUCAUGGUUCCCUCGUGGUCGUGGAUGGCAUAUAGUGGCCGCAUCGAUUACAUCCCGGUUGAGUUCGGCGGCACUGAAUGGGAGCCUCUUCAAAGCCAAUGGGACUCUGGUGACAAAAGAACUGAUAGCGGUGUCCUGGUAGGCCUAGCGAGAGACUACGAUGUUGGAGAUACGGACUCAACGCUUGUUUUUGACUCACCUCCGAAUUUCAAGAAGGCAGGGACCCUGUGUAUUGUGCUUGGAAAGCAGAAAGGGUAUAUGCCUGAUUCUGAGAAAGUCCAUUAUGCGUUGGUGGUGCAACCGAAGCCGCUUGCAAGCGAAAAUCAGAGGUCAUCUUAUGAGCGAGUAGGUGCUGGUACCUUACUCGGGAAAUGUAUUAAGUGGAACAAAAAGGAAGUUUAUCUUUAUUAGUCCCCUUAUCUCGUCUUUGCAAACAGAAAUAAAUUGAAGGACAUAAGAAGCGGAC